GUUCUUUUACAAUCAGGCACGCGCUCAGACAACUGUUACUACGUGCAGACUAGAGCAGACAAAACUGUUGAUGUUGAGUUGGCAUUUUGGCUCAAGCGUCAAUUACUGUUGCAGUUUUCGUCUGUUUUCUCGUGCAGCUGGCUUUUCUUACCUACUUUAUUAUUUGAAUUCAAGCAUUUGGACCACAGUUAAAAGACAAAAGUUUGACGACGGUAGCGUUGUGUUUUUAUGCGGUCGCCUAGCAGUGUACAACAGUAACUUGGGUUCAUCUCAGUCCACUAGCUAGCAGUAAAUACACAUCAGGCUGCUGUCAGAUCUACCUUGAGCUCUAGACGUGUUUUAAUUCACUGAUUUAUCUGUAUAAUAAUAAGGCGUGCUGGGGGCUCGGAUGAGGCCGUUACUAUGACACUGAGGAGAGUAAACGUAGUCAUCCUGGUGCUGCUGGCUGUGGCCUUUCUGAUCAUAGUUCAACGUAAUCUCCUCAACCUAAGUGACUUUUUACACAAAGAACACCCAGAUGCGGGGAUGAUUCUUCCCUUUGAAUCUGAGCUGUCUCCUGACAUCAAACUGGAGCUCGUGCGGAAAGGAGAGGAGAUCCCUGUUCUCAUCACUGCUGCAGAAGAGAGACUAGGUGCUGUGGUUGCUGCCAUGAACAGUGUCUACCAGAACAGCAAAGCCAAUGUUGUCUUCACCAUAGUGACUCUAAAUGACACAGCAGAUCACUUAAAGAUGUGGCUAAGUAAGACAAAGCUCGAAAAAAUUAAUUAUAAAAUAGUUAUUUUUAAGCCCGAGCUUCUCGAUGGAAAGAUAUCAAAAGAUCCUCAGACCCUGGAGGCUGUCAAACCGUUGACCUUUGCUAGAUUUUAUCUACCUCUAUACAUACCUGAGGCAGAGAAAGCUAUCUAUCUGGACGAUGAUGUCAUUGUGCAAGGAGACAUUCAGGAUCUUUUUGAAACUCAUGUCAAACCAGGACAUGCAGCUGCAUUUUCAGAUGAUUGUGAUUCAGCAUCUGCAAAGGGCAUUGUUCGAGGGGCUGGGAAUCAGAAUAACUACAUCGGCUUCCUGGACUUUAAGAAGGAGGCAAUCAAGAAGCUGGGGAUGAGGGCCAACACGUGCUCCUUUAACCCUGGGGUCAUCAUUGCCAACCUGACAGAGUGGAGGAAUCAGAACAUCACCAAGCAGCUGGAGCACUGGAUGGAGCUUAAUGCACAGGAGGAUCUGUACAGUAAGACACUAGCAGAAAGUAUCACCACCCCUCCACUGCUCAUAGUUUUCUACAAACGUCACUCCAGCAUCGAUCCUAUGUGGCAUGUCAGACACCUGGGAACUACAGGUGCUGGGAACCGUUAUUCCCCCCAGUUUGUAAAAGCUGCCAAACUCCUCCACUGGAAUGGACACUACAAGCCUUGGGGGAGAACAUCCUCUUUUUCUGAUGUGUGGGACAAAUGGUUCAUUCCAGACCCCAUGGGGAAAUUUCACCCCGUGAGAAGACACUCAGACUGAACAUUUGGUUCCAGGAACUAUGUAUUUUUUUUUCACCAGACAAGCCAGCCCCGUCUCAGCAGGACCAGACUCUGUGAAAUCUCAGGAACUUAAGGUCUUUCCACUUGCCACUUCUUUCAUCCCCAUCAUGUGCACACCUGUGUACUGUCACAUUCCCCUAAACUUAGUUUACUUUUUUUACUCUUUGUAGCAAAUUAUUACUAAAACAGUCCAAAUAUUUAACUCCAGUCAGAAACUCAGAGCCCUAUAGUCAUUUGACCUUGCUUCUUAAACCUUUCAGUUAUCUGCCACAGUGAACAUUUUGAGACUGUUGCACUAUGAAUUGAUCUGAAGGGUUAAACUAACAUAGACCAGUUUCUUUCAGCAUUACUGAGCUUCUAUUAAGACAGUCAUGUAUAACUUAAGCCAUUGUCUUUGUACUCCUAGACUUUUUUCCAACCACAGUGGGUUUAUAAAGUUACCUCAGCUGUUAUGGUGUAGCAGAACUGCUUCAAACAGAAAUUAUUGCUGAUAAGAAACUGUUCCACCAGCUGUGCAGAAGCCUCUUAUCUUUACCUCAUUACAAAAUUUCCUGUGGAAAAAUUCUGAUUAAUUUAUACAUAAUUUAAAAAACAAAAAAGCUUGUUAAAAAGAUCUUUGCUGAUAAGUUUAAAUAGUAGCCUGGGCAAAGUUCAGCAUUUCCUUCAUCAUCUUCUGCAAGUCAUCUAUCCACCAAUUGUCCUGUUCAGAGUUGCAGGAAGGUUAGUGUUAGGAAUGGACUUUUUAUCCAGAGCAUUUGAGCAUUUGCAAUUUUAUAGGUUAAUAACGCAUUUAUAUUAUGUUGCGUCUCUCCUUACCCAGUGACUAUGCCAUCAUUUAAACAAAUCCAAUUCUGUACUGCCUCUUAUAUGGGUGCAACUGCUUUUUUAACCUACCACUAAGCAGAUUUCUGCCAUAACUGAGCAAAAUCCUCCUGUUUAUCCCCAUCAGGAUCUUUGUAUCUUUCCAAAAGCAUUUACCCUCACGGUGUAAAUAUGUCUUUUUUUGUAUAGACCAUGAGAUUAAAGUUACAUUUUUAUCAUUUUA